UCGGACGGAAAGGGAUCGGCCAAGAUAAGAUUGAUAAAAGCGAUGUCGGAUCGUUGUGCGAUUCUUUUGUCUGAUUUUGUCCUUUGAUAUCUUCGUUUCUUCCAGCAAUGUAAAAUGGAGCGACUCCCCCCCAAGUCCAGCCCUCGAGGCCACGCCCGCAAAGGCUCCGUCGCCCCUGACCUGCCCUGGUUCCUGCAACUCGACUGCGACGAUGAGGUGGUCUACGAGGACACCCCCAUACCCGCCAUCAAGGGCGGCACGCUGCCCGGGCUGGUCGAGCAGUUGACUCGCCACGACAAGCUGGAUAUUUCCUUUAAUGAGAUCUUUUUACUCACAUACAAGUCCUUUGCCUCAGCCGACGAGCUCUUCGAAACCCUCCUGCAGCGCUUCUACAUCGCCACCCCCAUGGAACUCACCCCCGCCGAACACACCACCUGGGUCGAGCAGAAGCAGAAGACUAUCCGCUUCCGCGUCGUCAACGUCAUGAAGACCUGGUUUGAGCGUUUCUGGAUGGAAUCCCACAAUGAGGCCACCGUGGACUUUCUCAAACUCGUCCACGCCCUCGUCAAGGGGUCCCCGGCCAUCCUUGAAACACCGGGCUGUGCCCAGCUGCUGUCCGUCGUCGAGCAGCGACUACAGGGUCAGGAAAGCACGACGAGACGACUCGUGCCGACGGUCAACGCACAUGCUCCCUCACCGAAUGUGCCCAAGAAUAUGAAACGAGUCAAGUUUCUCGACAUCGACGCGACCGAGUUUGCCCGCCAGCUCACCAUCAUCGAGUCGGGGCUGUUCCGCCGGAUUCGACCGCAGGACUGCGUGAACAAAACGUGGUCGAAGAAGGCGUCGGCCGAGUCUGCGGAGCCGGCCACCGGGGUGAAUGCGAUGAUUCUGCAUUCGAACCAGCUGGCCAACUGGGUGGGAGAGAUGAUUCUGGCUCAGUCGGAUCUGAGGAAGCGAGUGGCCAUGGUGCGGCAUUUUAUCAACGUGGCUGAGAAAUGCAAUUCGUUAAAAAACUUUGCCACGAUGAUGUCGAUUAUCUCCGGACUAGGCACAACACCUGUAUACCGACUGCAUCGCACAUGGAGCCAAGUAGGCGGGCGAUGUCUAGGGCCUCUCGAGCAGAUGCGCAAUCUGAUGGCCAGCACACGGAAUUUCAUCCGAUAUCGUGAAAAGCUGCGACUGACGAAUCCGCCGUGUGUUCCAUUCCUAGGUACCCCCUACACCUCAUCCAUAUCAUCUAUCUACAUGAUAUACUGACAGAAAAGGCGUCUAUCUAACCGACCUCACCUUCAUCGACGACGGCAUCCCCAGCCUCCUCCCCAACAACAUGAUCUCCUUCAGCAAACGGGUCAAAAUCGCCGAAGUCCUCCAAGACAUCCAACAAUACCAAUCCAACUCGUACCUGCUACACCCCGUCCCCGAACUCCAAGAAUACAUCGUCCGCAACAUCCAAGCCGCCGGCGACGUGCACGAGCUGUACGAUCGCAGUCUCGAACUCGAGCCCCGACUCCGCGAUGAAGAGCGGAUGAUGGCAAUGCGGCAUGGGCCGUACGCGGCGACGGGGAGUCAUAUGAGUUCGGUGGUGAUUGCGAGUAUGGUGAUGGAAUAAUAUAUGUUCUAUCGUGUUAUGAAAUGGAUGAUGAUGAUAUACCCGUGUUUGAUUUAGGUAAUAGCAUAAUCAAAUAAUCAACCUUGUAUGAGGCAUUUAACAGCGUGUACG